AUGUCCUCAUCCAGCAAUGCAGUCUCCGGUGUCCCCGACAUGAACCUCUACAAGCUGAACCGAGUUCACCGGGCCCUGGAAAGCUUAAGGAACAAGUCAGAUUGGACAGCGGAGGAUACCAUGUCAUUUGACUGCAUGCAUUACCUGGGUGACGCGGCAGUUGAGAAUGCCGCCAAAGAACUGGGGCUCAAGGCCGGCGAGAGGGUGCUCGAUCUCGGGUCCGGCUUCGGCGGCACGGGCAGAUAUCUGCACCGACAUUUCGGGGUUACAAUUACCGGCAUCGAACUACAGCAGGACAUUCAUGAGAUUGCGCAAACCAUCAACGAGAGAUCCGGCGCUGGCAGCGGGGCGACGUCCAUCAACGGCGAUUUCCUCGACCUUGAUCCCGGGCUGAUGGGCGCGCCACUGAACCAUAUCGUCUCGUUCCUCUGCAUCUUGCACAUACCAGAGCGCGAGACCCUCUUUAAAAAAGCUUACGAUACCCUGGAGGCCGGUGGAAAGCUUUACAUUGAAGACUUCUUCGCGCUCAAACCCCUGGACGCCAAGACCAUCGAAGUAUUGAGAGCUUCGGUUUCGUGCCCUCGCUUGCCGGACAAGUGCCAGUACAUGGAAGAGCUUGAGAAAGCUGGUUUUCAAGUCAUCAACUGGGUGGACAUGUCAAACGCAUGGGCGGAGUUUGUGCAUCGCCGUGCGGAAGAGUUCAAGAAGGAUCCCGAAGUGGAUGCUGAUCUGACGACUUUCUACGAUGCCGUGGACGAGGUGUUUACCGGGGGACAGGUUGGGGGAGCAAGGAUUACCUGUCAAAAGAAAUGA